CCUUGAACCUGAGUGUGAUGACAGGUGCUAUGGGAACAGUUGGCGUUUUCUGCGUGCUUCUCUACAGUGCAACAUUUGGGGCAGCCAAUGUUCGUCUGAUUGAGAACGGUUACAGUACCGUUGUCAUUGCAAUUGGAGAAACGGUUCCUGAAGACCCAAAUCUGUUGAGCUUGAUUAAGGAGCAGUUCACCAAAGCAUCACACUUCCUCUACACGGCAUCGAGAAGUCGGGCGUACUUCAAAGACAUUGUUAUUCUCGUACCUAGCACUUGGAAGGAUGAUGACAAGUAUGAAAACGCUUUAUGGGAGACGUUUGAAAAUGCAGAUUUCCGGAUUGCACUUCACGAAAAACCUGCAGCUUUUACUCUGGGCAUAAAUAGUAUAUUUGGUCCAGCUCACAAAAUGAUCGUUCACGAGUGGGGACACUAUAGGUGGGGUGUCUACGAUGAGUACCCAACCAAACAUGUUGAUCCUGCUUACGUGACAAGCGAAGGGAGACUUGCUGCUACUGCAUGCUCAGUGCAGUUAGCAAACACGGCAUCUAUUGUUCGCCUGGAUGGAAAGCCUUGUACGGCUCAAGACAAAGACUUUAAAUCUUGCAAGAUCAAGGAUCCACCUUCUACGAACAGCAAGGCUUCUAUUAUGUACAAGCAAUUCAUAUCAUCAAUCGACUCUUUCUGCUCGAGCAACGGCGGCGACGGUAUCAAGCAUAACGUGGAAGCUCCAAACCGACAAAACAGAAUAUGUGAAUAUAAAAGUACGUGGGACGUGAUAUUGUCUAGCGAAGAUUUUAAAAAUGGAGCAAAUGCCCCUCCAAGACUUAGCAGGAAUACAAUUCCAACGUUCAAGGUUGCAAAAAGGAUGAAUACCGACAGAUAUGCAAUGGUUCUUGAUAUUUCUGGCAGCAUGAGAACUGAUGGAAGAAUCGCGCAACUUCGACAAGCCGCACGCACGUUUAUUGCUACUGCGCGUGAUAAAAGCAAAAUUGGACUUGUGCAGUUUAAUAAUGUGGCUUCAGUUGCUGCCAGUCUCACGACGCUUGGCAGUAAUGCAGAUAGACAAUCUUUAAUCAGCCUGUUGCCCGGAGAAGAUGCUCCAAAUGGUGACACAAGUAUUGGUGCAGGAUUGCUCAAAGGCAUUGAAGUUUUGAGAGGACAAACAUUAGGAGAUGGAAAAGUUUCCAAAGACAUAGGAGGAAUUAUAGUGCUAGUCACCGAUGGUGAAGAAACGAAAAGCCCUUACAUUGCUGACGUACAGCCGAGUCUUAUUGCAGCUAAAGUGGCAGUGCAUUCUAUCGGAAUUGGAUCUGGAGCUUCGAUGUUACUAGAAAACUUAGCCAGUGAUACCGGAGGAGCCUCGUUUUUUGCUUCGGCUGCUAAUGCUGGACUGGUGCGACUGCAUAAAUGA